CCCUCAUGUUGUGGUUCGUUUGCAUAACCUGGGUCGUCCACUCGCCAUGUCUCAACCAACAGCAUCACGCGCCAAGCGCAUCGGAGCUCUUCUGUUCUGCCCGGCAUGUGGGACAUUGCUCGACCUCCCCCGCGACGAUCAAGACGAAAUCGAGUGCUCCCAGUGCGGGCGGAAAGAGCCGGCAGCGUCUUACGAGAACCUGCCGACCAAGACGUACUCGUCGGCCAAUGCGUUCCCGUCCGCGCUGAAGGCUAAGCGCGCUCUGGUGCAGAACACGGUGGAGGAGGGCGAGGCGGCCAAGGACCGUGAUCCGAUCGCCAACGAGCGCUGCGACAACUGCGGGCACAUCGGCAUGUCGUACAAGGAGAUGCAGCUGCGCUCGGCCGACGAAGGCUCGACCAUUUUCUACAAGUGCCUCAACUGCGGGCACCAGACGUCGACGAACAACUAG